AUGCCUGCAAUGAGUCCAACGAUGACGGAGGGUGGCAUAGCGGCUUGGAAGAAAAAGGAAGGCGAGACCUUCGCGGCCGGUGAUGUCGUGCUGGAAAUUGAGACAGACAAGGCAACCAUCGACGUGGAGGCACAAGACGAUGGUAUUCUUGCCAAAAUCAUUGCACCGGAUGGUAGCAAGAAUAUCUCCGUGGGUUCCCCCAUUGCCAUAAUCGCUGAGGAAGGCGACGACCUCUCUGGAGCUGAAAAACUAGCGUCGGAAGCUGCUUCCGACAAGCCUCCUUCCCCCAAGGAGGGAAAUGUUUCUGAGGCUCCGAAGGCCGACUCUUCCCCCAAGCAGCCCGAGACGCCUGUACGCACGGAGACGAAACCCGAAGUUCCCAAGGGUGACCGUAUUUUCGCAUCCCCAAUCGCAAAAAAGAUUGCUCUUGAGCGAGGCAUUCCCCUUGCGAAAGUCAACGGCUCGGGUCCGGAAGGCCGCAUCCUCCGUGAGGACGUGGAAAAAUAUAAGCCAUCCGCUCCUGCUGCAACUUCCACUGCAUCCUUCCCAUCUCCAACAGCGUCGCUACCGGACUAUGUCGACAUCCCUGUCACGAACAUGCGUCGUACGAUUGGCACUCGACUUACACAAUCCAAGCAAGAUAUCCCUCACUACUAUGUGACCCUUGAUAUCAAUAUGGAUAAAGUGUUCAAACUUCGAGAGGUUUUCAACAAGACACUUGGCGAGAAAGACAAGGCUGCCAAGCUCAGCGUUAAUGAUUUUGUCCUCAAGGCGGUAGCUUGUGCUUUGGCGGAUGUUCCUGAGGCUAACAGUGCAUGGCUAGGAGAAACGAUCAGACAGUAUAAGAAGGCUGACAUUUCCUUGGCUGUUGCCACCCCGACUGGUUUGAUUACGCCAAUUAUUAAGGAUGUAGGAUCCAAGGGCCUUGCCUCUAUAUCAGCGGAGGGUAAAGCUCUCGCAAAGAAGGCAAGAGACGGAAAACUUCAGCCUCAGGAAUAUCAGGGCGGAACGUUCACUGUGUCGAACUUGGGCAUGUUUGGAGUCAGUCAUUUCACGGCGAUCAUCAACCCUCCUCAGUCAUGUAUACUCGCCGUCGGCGCCACGACUCCCACAUUGGUGCCGGCCCCCGAGGAGGAGCGUGGUUUCAAGGUCGCUCAGAUAAUGAAAGUGACGCUUAGUGCUGAUCAUCGGACUGUCGAUGGUGCAAUUGGUGCUAGAUGGUUGGCGGCCUUCAAGGGUUACCUCGAGAACCCUUUGACAUUCAUGCUGUGA